CUUCAUUUUGUCCAGAUCGCAUUCCCUGGUAAGAAACUGCGAGAUGGCGAUUGUGGAAUCCUAAGCAACUCGUAUCACACACCUGGCCAAUGCUAGGCAAAGUACAACGACUGCCCGCCCCAGCACUUUGGUGUCAAACUUGUAGGGUGCACGGAUGGUGGCUAGGAGACAGCGGGGCGAGCGAAUCGUGAUGUCGGACAGCACGCUGCCCAGGGCACUGGUCAGCACCGACUUUGCAGCAGGCUUGUGGGCAGAGGGUACUGGGAUUGCUGCCGAGCUCAUGUAUAUUGACAUGAGCUCAGAGUUAUCUAUCGCAUAUGCCAGACCGCUGCAUAUGCCUGAAGCGACCAGAAGUAACGAGAACUUCAUUAGAGAAAGGAUUAUUCACGUCGAGAAGAAAUCACUGAUAUGCAUGGAUUUGGGAGAGGAGGCAAAAUAUGCUCAACUUUUAUACUUGCCACCAUCUGGUUGCAAGCACUGGUAGCAGGAGGGGUACAGCCGUGGGAGGUGGGGACAGACAAUAUGUAGGCUAUAGUAGUGCUGCCUCCCUAAUUUACAGACAUGUAAACAAUUCCAUUCCAAUG